CAAAGUGCUGGGAUUACAGGCUUGAGCCACCGCGCCCGGCCAGUGAGGCCUAUUUUUAAAAUAAAAUCUGAGUUCUUAUUUUUUCAAGUUGUAUUGUGGCUGCUGUCGCCUUUCUAGGGUUAUAUGUGUGCUUUGUGUGACCAGGAGGUUUCAGAGGGCAGGUGAGCAAGCCCCUCGUGGUGCAUGGUUGAAGGAAGCUGGCCCCUUUCCUUGCAGGAGUGGGUGGUGGGAUUAGGGAGGGAGGCCAGCUUGUCAGCCAUAGAGCCCCAUCCUGUGAGGGCUCUGAAGCUGGGACGGAGGUGAGUCUGGGCCCUGGCCGUGAGCUGGCACCCCAGUUGCUGUGGCUUUUCCCCAGCUGACCUCCGGCCAGUAUUGGGUAUGCAGUGUGGCUGGCUCUGAUCUGUGCUCCUUAGUUUGAGACAGUUUGAAUGGAGCCCCUGCUGCGGAGAGACCUUCUGAGGCAUCACAGUGGGCCUGGCUGGCCCUGGCCUGGCGCACGGCACCCCUCUUGGAGUCCAGGGUUCUUGGCUGUGGGCUGGAGGUGAUGGUGGCUGCCAAGGGUGGUGGGAGUGGUCAGCGCUGAGCGUGCAAUUUCAGAUCCAGUGAGCCACACAGGCACAGCCUUUAGCUGAUGUGGUGUGUCCCCUGGCUGGGAGCAGCCCCAUGGGUGGUGGCGCCUGUCAGGACCUGUGCCUGUGUUUGAUCGCCCAGUUCUCUGGGCCUGGCAGCCUCAGGGCUGUACCUGCUGACGGGAAGGCCUCGAGCCAGGCCAGGUGGCCCGCUGUGCACGUAGCUGUUGUGUUGGUGGUGGCGCCUUUUCCCUGCCCCUUGUUCAGGAAGAUGCUGGCUUUUGGGUUCUGGGGAAAUGCCUGUUGGUUCCUGUUGAGAGCAGGUGUAUAUGUACAUUUUAAGCAUGGAAUGCGGGUAUUAACCGUGUUGAAACCUUUUCAGCACUGGCAGAAAUGUGCCUGUGAGUCUCCUCUGGCCUCUUACUUUACUGGACGGUGCCAUGAACUUGGAUGCUGCCUGCCUUCCUAGUGUGGCUUUCAUGGCUGGGCAGUCCUUCUGAUGGGAUGGCUCACGUGGCUCCCACAUGGCAGGCUUUUGGGGCAGAUGCUCGUGAGUGGUGCUGCCACGAGCACCUCACCUGGGUUUGAGGAACGAAGCAAACAGAUAUUUUUCACCAGUGCACUGGGAACGUUGAAAAUGUUUUUUAGCCAGGCGCGGUGGCUCUGGCCUAUAAUCCCAGCAAUUUGGGAGGCUGAGGAGGGCGGAUCACAGGGUCAGGAGUUUGAGACCAGCCUGGCCAGCAGGGUUGCCUUUGUUGGUGGAGGUACAGCCUAGGCUUUGGCGUCCUUGCCGAGGGCAGCCCGUGGGCCCCAGGAGACGGGCUGGAAGCCAGAGCCAGGCAGCAGCUGAGGAAGAACACCCUGGAGGUUGUGUGCAGGUGCCGUCACUGGUGUCUUCACUACCAGGCACUUUUCUUUUUCUCUGGAGUUCCUUUUUAAGGGUGUCCUGGUCUUCACGGAGGUGCACUGUCACUCUGAGUGCAGAGGCCGCUGCCGGAGAAGGUCUCCCCUUCCCACUGGUGCUCUCGUCCAUCUUGCUGGUUUUGCUUGUUUGCCCCCGCUCAUCUGUUUUGGCCUCUGUUGGGUCUGAACUAGGUGGCCUUGGCAGCUGUCACACCCAACAGUGGGACCCUGAGAAGGGUCGAAGCUGGGGCAGGUGGGGACACGCUAGGCACAGGGCCACCUUGCUGGGUGCCUUGGCCAGUUAGUGUCUGUUGGGAGCAGCCCCAGGGCUGCCCUGCAGCCUCUGCCUGCAGUAUAGUUGGGGCUGCCCAUGCCUGGGGCUGGAGCGCUCAGGGCCUGAAACACCCCCUGAGUCCUUGCUCUUCCUCAGCCGGCCCCUUGCUGUCAGUAGGCUGGGUGCAGACCCUGGCAGGCUCCCUGUGCCCCAGCUUCAUUGCAGAGCGCUUGCCCAGCUGGCUGGUGUGGGGGUGAGGGUGGUGUUUGGCCACUUGGAGCAGAAGGGGAUGGAUAGUCAGGGUUUCUGCAUUCCUGGCUUGAUACUGGCUUUCCAGCAGCUUUCCAGCUUCCAGAUGUCCUUGCCAUUGUCUCCCGUCCUGUUUUCUCUUUUGGAGCAGGGGCCUGGGGUGGCCUUCUUUCAGUGGAGGCUUCCGGAGGAAACAGACACAAAUCCUGAAGAGCCUGUGGGUGUGGACCGUUCAUCAGUAAAGUGGAGACAUGACCUUGAGAUUUGGUUCAGAUCUAGCAAUGCCGGGGCCUUCUCAAGUCUGAUGUUCCAGGACUUCAGUGCCUGUUGGUGUGAACGGAGGACACAGGGCUCCGACCAUGGUCACACUCAUCACGGAGAAGCUGCAGAGCCAGAGCCUGGAUGACCUCACCUGCAAGGCCGAGGCUGGCCCGUAUUCUGCUGAAACCCUGAACAAGAGUGGUCGUCUCUUUCCUUUGGAGCUCCAUGACCAGAGUCCCUGGAAGGUCUUAGGUGGAGGACGGCCUGUCGGGAGCCAGGCAGCCGUGGGCCCUGAUUUCUCCUUCCUGCCGGGCCUGUCUGCUGCGCACACCAUGGGUCUCCAGUGGCGGCCAGAGUCCCCAGGCCUAGGUGCGGUCCUGGGUGCAGCCAGCACUGUAGACCCCAGUGAAGGCACAGGGCCGUCCACGGCGCCGCCCACCAAGCGUCAUUGCCGGUCCCUGUCAGAACCCGAGGAGCUGGUGCGCUGCCGGUCCCCCUGGCGCCCCGGUGGCUCCAAGGUCUGGACUCCAGUCUCCAAGAGGCGGUGCAACAGUGGUGGGAGCGCCACGCUGCAGGGAAGCCCGGGCGCCGUUCUGCUGAGGAGUACCCUGUGGUUGGCCAGCCCCACCUUAUCUGCCACGCCCCGGCCGUCCUCUGCCAGCAGCGGCUUCGUGGACAGCAGCGAGGGCAGUGUAGGCUCAGGUGCGCCUUGGUGUUCCACAGAGCCCUGCUUGCUCUCUGUGAGACGCCGCCUGUCCCUCUCACAGGAGCAACUCGCAGGCGCGGGCACCCCCCUGCCCUCGGCCAGCAGCAGCCCCACGUCCACCCCUGAGCUGGGCCGGCCCCGCGGGCUGCUCCGCUGCCGCUCACAGCCAUGUGUGCUCAGUGGGAAGAGGAGCCGGCGCAAACGGAGGCGCGAGGAGGACGCUAGGUGGACGCGCCCAUCCUUGGACUUCCUGAAAAUGACACAGACUUUAAAAAAUUCAAAAAGCCUUUGCUCCCUCAAUUACGAAGAUGACGACGAGGAUGACUCCCCAGUGAAGACGGUUCUGACCGCUCCAUGUGACUCGCGGGGCCUCCCAGCCAUUGCCAUGUCUGGCUGCAGCCAGAGGGGCUGCAGGACCAGCACCGGCCGGUGGGCCUCGAGGGAGUCUGUGGCCGGUGAUGGCUCCAGCAGGAACAACGGGGACCCCAGUGAUGGGGACAGCGCCGGGGAGGAGGGUGUCUUCCCCCGGGCCCGAGAGGAGCUGGACCUGGAGCAGAUCGAGAAGAACUGAGGCUGGGGGGAGCUGUUUGGGGCAGCAGGUGCCGCCCCCACCUGCCCUGGUGCACAGAGUAGGCCUCACGCUACUUUGAACACUGAGGCAUGAUUUUCAUUCCGCUUUUCCUAAAGAAGUAUUUUGCAUUUUUAUGGCUUUUGCAGUUCGGGAGAGAGCUUCUCUAUUUUGGAUGCAUUUCAGAAGGGCGUUCUAUUUAACAUGAAUCUGCAAAUAGAUUAGCACGGGUCUGUGUUCCUCAUGAAAAGCCUGCCAUGCAGGGCGCCUUGCGUGCUUUAGUUGCUGGGAAAGCCCAAGCCUGGUGGUGAGGGCCCCGCUGGCCCUGUGUGUCCCUCCCUCCAGAGGAUCACGACGCUUGGGGCUUGUGCCAGGGCAUCUGUGCCCGUGAAUCUUGUCACCCACACACCAGUGAACUGCCAGCUGUGGCUGCCUGGCUUUCCACUGGUAGCGGUGAGACCAUUUGGGGCAGGCCGAGCUGCCAUGAGUCCAUGGUUCCUGUGGCCUGGGAAGGCCUGGGCGCCUUUGGGUGGGGUGUGGCGCCAGGCCUUUGGGAAGGCCGUCCUGCUGGCAGCACCUGGCAGCACCCACUCUGUGAAUUUAAUAAAAGGCGCUUGCUUUGCACUAUGA